AUGCAUGGAUACUACUUAACGACAAUUGACCGAUCUGGGAUCGACAAAAAGAACAUAUGUCCUAAAUGUGACGAGCUUCUCAAAGAAGCAGUACAGACCAUAGCCUGCGGCCACAGAUAUUGUAAAGCAUGUGUGGAAGACAUACUAAGGUAGGUUAAGUGAAUCUGGCCGAACUAAGUUUUUAUUUUACAAGAAAUAAUUGCGAUAACUGGAUAUUACUUCUAGAUUACGUUGAUAGUCAUGCCAACCAUAUGUAAGUAAAACAGACUGAAAGAGAUUUAUGGCAGUCAGUGUUUGAGUACAAGGUCACCAGAAGUCAUUAACUAAUAAAUAAUUUAUUUAAGUCUGUGGUUUAUGACAAGCAUGUACGAGAGUCAAUCAUGCAGUUAGAAGCUUUCAGUUUUGUUUGUUUGUUUGUUUGUUUGUUUUAGCAGUAUUAUCUCAGCUCAGUAUGUAUCUUAAUACUUUCAAGUCUAGAUGCAUGCUGAAACUCUUGCCUGCAUCUGUUCCCUACCAGACAGAGUUAUAUUAUCCAAUAUUUUUCUGAAGGAAAGUGGUUCAAGCUACAUUUCUAUGAAUUUGUGUAAGCCCUGUUUUGUAUUCUCUUGAAUCUUCAGUCAGGUACCAGGAAAAUGUGUCAUAGAUGGAACACUCAUUGAGCGAGAACAGGUCAGUUGCCCUUAUAAAUCCCGAAAAUCUUUAGAAUUUAACUUGUCCUACCGAAUCAGUCAUAAGGUAUGAAAUUAUUAGCCAUUACUUAGCUGACCUGUGUUAGGCUCUCAGAACAAACGGCGGAAAGCGACUUCAUGAAACGAGACGAUCGCCUGCUUCUCCAUUGAACGAGACCGAAGCACAAACUGCCAGUAGCCUUACAAGAGCGAUUUGGAAAAUCACGUAUCCAUUUUUAAGAAAAUAAUAAGUACUGAAACAUUAUGAACUGAGGCACCAGAGAAAGAGCGCUCAAAUUACUCGCGUGAACGAGGCCUUGAGGCAGAUCGGAUCGAUACUGCGCGCUUAUUUUAUAUUUUUGACUUUUUUGCGAUUGAUACUGUCUUCAAUAUCUUUUUCUUGUCUGUUUCUGCAUCCUAGGUUUUCCAAGACCGAUUUGUUGAGCGAGAAAUUCAGUCAUUGACGCUACACUGCGUCAACAACGAGCACGGUUGUAAAUGGAAGGAUGAACUGAGAAAACGAGAGGUAGACCUUAUUACACUGUUGAGUCUCUCAAGGAAUACUUGAUCACCCUCUUGAAUUUCUCGUCUGCGUUUUCCCGCGCUGCAGGGGUUCGCUUGUUUUCAGUUGGUGUUCUUAUUGGCUCUUUGCGGUAUCCUCCUUUGUCCUGAUUGGCCAAUGUGAUUACUUUGAUAUUGCAAAACUCAGUCGAAAUGAACUCUAUUACUGACUAAGAUGCGAUUACUUCGAAUUCUAAUAUACAUUUUUCCUCUGCAACCCCUAUUGUCAGGUAUCAAUGCUGACAAAACCUCGUGAGCUUCGACGUCGAUGACUAUGAAAUCUACUGCUUAUCGUUUUAACGUAAUUAUUAAUUAAUUUCUACAGGCCCAUGAAGCUGUUUGUGAGUAUGUGAAAGUACCUUGUGUUCACUCGGAUUGCGGCGAACUGGUGACUAGAGCCCAAUUAGCAGACCAUCUGGAACAGAGGUGCCAGUAUAGGUUGGACACAUGUGAGUACUGCCACACUCAAGUCAUUUUUGCAGUUAUAAAGGUAUGUACAGUGAUAACUAAAUAAUUAAACAACCUACCAAUGCUCAACUCCAACGGACACUUCUCGAUAAAGAUAUCCUCAGCUAGUGCGUCGAUACGACAAAUCGCCCUGAUAUUUAAGCUGUCAUUGUAACGUCUCUGAAAAUGCACUGUCAUUUGAAAGUAUUUCCCCUGACUGAAAAGAACCAAGCUAAAGUUCACCUGACAACAAAAACGACGAGAAUUAUUUUUAUAAACAUUAGUGUUACACCUUGGUCUGUGUCUCGCACGAAUUAUUUUCGUUUCCCUCUGAAUAACUAGACAUCUCGAUGUUCAAAAUACUUGAAUAGUGGAUGAGACCUGUGCCAGUCGAAACUCUCUAAGCGAACAAUUUCGUAAGCUCGAAGCCCUCCUUACCAUCUCCGACAAGAUUUGCGUCAAAAGUUUAAAGGUUCGAGGUGCUCAAAUUAAACAAUGAUCUUCUUUCCAAGCUCUCACAAGUUUCGAUGCGGCUGAACAUCAUGACAGAAGCAUGAGGUGGUACGUAAUACGUGUGCCGCUUUCGUAAUUUUGUGUAAUGGAUUCUUUCUACUAUUUUCACGAUAGGAACAUCAUGAAACCCAGUGCCCUGCGGUGCUAAUCAAGUGCGCAAAGUGCAACAGGAAGAACAUUCCUCGUGGGCAGGUAAGUGCAGAUAUACUUUAUUCAUUGGUUUAUAAGAAAGGUAAGUCUCAUGAACUACGAUCUGUGAUUUUAGAUGAGGAAAAUCAACAAGCACAGUGCUUUGAUCAGAUAUGGUGCGAUUACUAAUUAAUUAGUAUUGAAAAAUUUGUAUAUUCUUUCUAGAUCAAUGCGCUUGUCUACCAUUUCAAUACGCGUAACCAACCCAAAAGUAAAUUGUGUUGAAUGAUUAUUUAGUAUACACCACACAGAAACAAGUAGCUUGUUUAUUUCUAUCAAUAUACCGAAUAAUUGUCAGUAAUUAAACUUUUGACGCGCGUGGAGUUGAAUGGUUCUUGCUAAACCUGCUUGUCACUUCCGAUCUGGCCAAUCAGCGCGCGCGAAAAAAAACUAUUCUUCUUUGUGGUACGUACUAAUCUUGAUUUUUCCUAUCGAACUGACUGAACGAGUUGUGGCGAUUUCAAAUGAGACUACUGCAAUCGUAACCAAUCGUACUGUCCUACUGGGCAACAAAGUAUGCAUGAGUUGGUAACUCACCAGAUACUGUUAACUGCGUGCCAUUGUUAGCCCUGUUGUGUCGUCAUUAAUAAUCAUCUGUAUUUAAGCCGGGAGUUCCAGAUGAUACGACGUCAUGAUUACCCGUGAUACGCAUACUUGUGCGCUCAUUUUGGCAAGUUUAAGUGUGCCGAUUAUUUACUCUGGAAGUAUUUAUACGGACGGGCCAAAACACUGCUGGGUUAUAUUGGCGUCUGUUGAACAGGAUCAUGAUGUUUAGCACAUGACAGAAGCUUUUACGCUAGUAAUGAAUUAACUUUGGCUUGUCUCGACAUUUUGAAUCCAUUUCCAGAUGGCUUCUCAUAUUGACCCAAUGAACGGAGACUGUGAAGAGAUAACAGCUCCUUGUCCUUGGUCGCAAAUCGGAUGUCCUGAAUCUAUGGUUCGUGUUGGGAAUAAACGUUUAAAUUUUCAUACAUUUAGAGAAGUUUUUGAGAUUUCGAACUCCGUUAAUGAUUAAUAUUGAACGGUGGUCUUCUGUAUGAAAUGUGUAUUCUCCGUAUUAUAUCAGAUUUUUCUUAGCUUGAUUUUAUUUGAUUGUUGUACAGAGCAACCCUAAGAGGUUGAAUUGAUUUAUUGAUAAUUGUGUCGUUGAAACAUUUUUCUCUGCUGAUUUUCACGAAAGAUUUGCACCCUCUUGCCUUUCAGGCCAUGAAGCUGCAAGAUAGAAAGGCUCAUGACGAGAAAGAUGUUGCUGGGCAUAUGACGCUCCUCUUUCAAACAGUCAUGCAACUUCUCUCUUUGGUAGGGAGUAACUUUCGUGAACCAAAUUGCGUCAAUACUAAAGAUGUAAACAUGCCAUCUCGGAAAGAACUGGAGAGAUUUGCUGAACAGAUCGAGCACGCGUUAAAAGAGAAUGAAGAAUUAAAAUCCAAGUUUUUGCGGCAAGAACAACGCAUACACCAGUUAGAAAGUGGUGGUGCUGGGCGGAACGAACCUAUUCCGAAUUCAUCUGCAACAGGUCAAGAAUCAACGAUGGAGCUCUCACGGAGAAUUCAUAAUGAAGAAGCUAAAACAGCUGACCCAGAAGUUCUCAUCAUCGAAGGGAACAGACAGAAUGAAGAUCUUCAACGGCAGGUUGCCACUUUAGCGAGAGCACUGGAAGCUGCCAAAGAGACGAUUAACAGGUUACAAAGGCAGUUUGAGUCUAUGAGUCACUCCCUAGCUUUGCGCAAUGUCACUCUGAGCGAUUUAGAGGAAUACGUGACACAACAAGAAGUAUCCAGCCACGACGGAGUCUUACUGUGGAAAAUUUCCGACUUCGCCAAGAGACGACGAAAUGCACAGUCAGGAGGUCAAGUGUCAUUUUACAGCCCGUGUUUCUUCACAAGUCGUUAUGGAUAUAAGAUGUGUGGGCGUAUCUCUUUAAAUGGUGACGGCAUCGGCAAAGGAACCCACAUCUCAAUCUUCUUCGUGGUGAUGCGCGGUCAGUAUGACGCGAUGCUCCGCUGGCCAUUCAGACAGAAGGUUACAUUCAUGUUACUGGAUCAAGAUAAUGUGGAACACGUGGUUGACGUAUUCCGUCCAGAUCCUAACAGCUCCUCUUUCCAGAGGCCAAGAAGGGAAACGAACAUAGCAAGUGGAUGUCCUACCUUCUGCCCCCUGUCGGAGUUAAACAACCACGCUUACGUCCGGGAUGACACCAUGUUCAUAAAAAUUAUAGUGGACACCACAGAUUUUUAAACCGACCAAAAAACUUUCCAAAGUGGUAAUUUGGUGAAAACUUCUCGUAGUGUCUUAACGUUUUCUGCCCCAAAGUCUGGUGUCGUUGACUUCUGGAGGCUAAAAAGCUAGCUCAACACUCUUGAGCAAACUAAACGACCCCUUUUAAUGACGAUUUUAGCCCUUAGAAUGAAUAUGAAUUUUAAAUGAAUGAUUUAUAUUUAGAGGGCGGACAUCGAUGGGAAGUUUUGCCAUAACAAUUUACUUUAGCCUUUAUAUUUUUGUGACAGUGGAAGGUCGAUAUCUAGAAGGCGGAUAUCGAUGCGACGUUUAGGAAUAAUAACUUACAAGAUACUAUAAACUAUUUGUUAUCUUUUGCAACUUACUGUGACAUUUAUAUUUACAUGUAAGUGGUAGUGGUGGUUAACUACGAUAAGUUUUGUUUGGGGUUUUUUUUUGGACCUGCCUAGCAAUAUUCACCACCUGAAAUUAACUUUGCAUGUAUUUAACGGAACUUUGGAAAUUUGAUAUUUAAUUCGAAUUAUUGUCUUCAAAGAUUAUUUAUUUAGGUUUAACAAAUUACUUCUUUAGCCAACUAAAUUAAUUCGAGGGUUUUCCCCCGGGUUCUCCGGUUUCCCUCAGCAUCAUAAUAUGUUGUUGGUCGACCAGAUUCUCUUUGUGAAUGCGUUAAGUAAAUUGUUUAAAAACGUCAAGACUUUAGCUACUUCCUUAAACGCCGACUAUUUAACAGGUGACUGUGUGUCAGCUUCAUCUUAACUUAAAUGAUCUUAACUUAGAAGAGAGUGUUAUUGUUACUUAGUUGUAAGGGUAGCUUGAAUGAGCAGCUAUUCAAACAGGCUCUUUCGGGUCUCUCUCCUUCCCUCUGCCCCAAAGAAGGUAUAAAAGCACAUAAGCCGAGGGGCAGAUGGUUAGGGUGUAGUAAUUCUUAUGAUACAAGAAAACAGACCCUGGGCUGGUGAGAAACUGACAGUGCCAAUAUUGGAAAGGGACAUUUUUAAACACCUAUAU